GUGCAAGGAAAUUAUCGAAAAAACGGAAAGAAUUUCAAAAAUUAAUAUGUGGCGAUAUAAAAUACCCAGGCUAGAUCUACAAUGAACGUGUUCCGCGUCAGAAUAAAUUGUAUUGAUCACUACCAAGCCGCUCCAACAAGAUACGAUCCGCAACUACGCAACGAUGAGCGUCUCUCACAAUCUCUGAAAGGUCCCAAGGUCCCUGUGAUCAGAGUAUUUGGUUCAACUGAGCAUGGUCAAAAAGUCUGUGCGCAUAUUCAUGGUGCAUUUCCGUAUCUCUAUGUGGAAUACAAUGGUCCUCUUGAGGCGGAACAAGUUGGUGUAUACAUCUAUCGCCUUCAUCUCUCGAUAGACCACGCACUUGCGGUGAGCUAUCGGCGUGAUCAAGAUGGGGGCAAUGCGAGAUUCGUAGCCCGAAUCACCCUUGUGAAAGCGACACCAUUCUACGGAUACCACGUUGGUUAUCGCUUUUACCUAAAGAUUUAUCUAUUCAAUCCGGUAUACAUGAAUAGAUUGGCAGACCUUUUGCAACAGGGUGUUAUUUUGAAACAGAAAUUCCAGCCAUUCGAAGCUCACCUUCAGUACAUCCCGCAAUUUAUGACAGAUUACAACUUAUACGGAUGCGACUAUCUGGAUUCAAGCCAAACAUGGUUUCGAGCUCCAGUGCCUGAAGUCAGUGAGGAUUUGGAACCCUCACUUUCAUGGAAUCAAGCUUCUGUCCCAAGCGAAAGGAUCACUGACGAUCUCUCGCUACCUAGGGUCAGCCACUGUGGGCUCGAGGUAGACAUCAGUGUACAGGACAUCAAGAACAGAAAACACAUUAAAAGUAGGAGUUUACACCAUGAUUUCGUCGAGCUAUUCAACCCACUACCUAUCGGAGUAAAACUCGUUCAUAGUUUGGCUGGUCUAUGGAGGGACGAGACAACAAGGAGGAAGCGCCGACUCCCUGUUGGUAAACAAGGUCUGAGCCCCUUCCCUCCGGAAGUGUUAGUUUCGAUGUCAGCGGACUCACAGCGUCUCCAAUCACAAAAUUGGGUUCAUGAAGAUGAAUACCGGGCUCAACUUCAAUCGCUGGUGGACGAUGAGAAGAACGCUGGACUCUGUGAGGGGCGCAGUUUCGACAACUUUGUGCACUGUGACCCUAUUGAAGACUCUAUCAAUACUGCUCUGCAAUCAGUUGAAGAUCUCUACCCGGACAAACUUCUGCCAGCGCUUGGGUUACCGUCUAACGUAAGCAUGGCACAGGAUCCGUCAAGCAGCAUAGAAGUUGAUGAACAAAUGGCCUUGAAAUCAGAUGCCAUAAACGACGAUGAUAUGUUAGAGGAGCCAGCCGAUACUUCAGUCAUACCUCCAUCGCCAUCUGCAGAACUCAAAGGGGCUAGUCAAAGCAAUCAAACCACCGACUACUGUGCUGGAGUUUGUGCAAGCGGGUUUGUGACAGGAAGUCUUCCUCGUCUACCCCAUUCCGACGCUUUCAUUACAGCGGCUGAGGACCUAGGCUUCAUAGGCAGAACCGGUAAUGAAACAAGAAUGUUGGAUUUCAGGAUGACUACAUGGAAUGCUUCUCAAAGAAGCAAACGCUCAGCCCCUGCCACAACCAACUCGGGGCUAUUCAAAGCAUCGGCUGGCAAGCGUCCUCGUCUCGACAAGUCCUCAUCCCAACAGGGCAAAUCAGGGCGCCUCGCUCCGCCAUCAUCAUCACAGACGUUGAACUUCCCAAUUGUGAAAGAUCAAAAUGACCCACAUACAAGAUAUAGGCUCAGUCAAAAGAGUCGAGACAGUCACUCUCAGAACAACUCUUUAGACGCAGACUCUAGCAAGAUACCGUCCUCCAUGCCAACUCCAGCCGAAGAAGAGGCCAGGCCAUCACAACCACAGACACAGUCGCAAAAUGAGGACCCUGAAGAACAACCUUUAAUUCGGCGGUGCGACUUUGGCGGCCCUUCGACUCGAAGAACACUUAUCUACGCCCAACGACCACCGCAAUUUAGUGCCGACUCAUCACUACCAGCGCUCGGCUUCCCAGAAGUUAUCUACCAAGACGCAUUUUAUAGCAGAGAGCAAGAUGUACCUUCGCGCAAUCGCGAAUACGCUGGAAGAGAGUAUCGCUUGGAAGGCAACACUCUACCCUUUCUUCCUGAGUUUCAGUCUGAUGACAAUGCCAUAUCCACAACACCACCAAAUCAGGAACUACUACAGGCACUGAGCCUCAGGUUGGAAAGGCAGCGCCGUUCUUGCUCUUGGAGAACGUGGGAGAUUGACACCCAACCGCCGUCCGCUAGCGAAGUCAUGGCCUGGCUGAGAACGGACUCGACCUCAGCUGCAUCCUCACAAGCCCCCAGAGCCUCUCAGAACAGUGCGAGUCGUAAGAAAUUCAUGUCACAGAUUGACGGACCAACCCCACGUAGAAGGCAUGUUUUCAAAUACACACAGAAACGCAAGACAACUAGUGUCCAGCAUGAGGUGUCUUACAUGAGUACGAUGAGUCUGGAGGUUCACGUCAAUACCCGCGGAAAGCUCGUCCCAAACCCAGAAGAGGACGAGGUCCAAUGUAUUUUCUGGUCUUGCAAGGGUGACGACGUCGACGACGGCGUCGUGUCUGGUUUAAUUGUUCUAGAUGCGGAGAGCAAUAUUCCACAGAGAUUAUCCAAAAUGGUUCCUUUCGAGGUCCGACAAGAGAGUACAGAGUUGGACCUUCUCGUAACUCUAGUUGAUGUGGUUCGUUCGCUCGAUCCAGACAUUCUCACAGGUUAUGAGGUACACGGCGGUUCUUGGGGCUUUCUGAUGGAGCGUGCGCGGUUAAGAUAUGACUACAAUCUAUGCGAUGAGCUAUCCCGAAUGAAAACAGAGUCACACGGUCGUUUCGGCAAGCAAAGUGACCGAUGGGGCUUCAACACAACAUCUACAAUCCGUAUUACUGGCCGACACAUGAUUAAUAUCUGGCGAGCAAUGCGAUCCGAGCUUGCUCUGUUGCAAUAUACCUUGGAGAAUGUGGCAUGGCAUCUUCUGCAUCUUCGAACUCCCCACUACACAUUCCGCACUCUUACAAACUGGUAUAAGAGCACCAGGCUUCACGACAUAAGCAAAGUUAUUCGCUAUUACCAUAGCCGAACAAGGAUGGACCUGGAUAUCCUUGACGCAAAUGAGCUCAUUCCGAGAACGAGUGAACAAGCCAGACUCCUUGGUGUGGAUUUCUUUUCUGUCUUUUCUCGUGGAUCGCAAUUUAAAGUUGAGUCCAUCAUGUUUCGCAUUGCUAAGCCUGAGAACCUGUUGUUGGUCUCACCAAGCAAAAAGCAGGUCGGUGGACAAAAUGCGCUAGAAUGUCUACCUCUUGUUAUGGAACCUCAGAGCGCUUUCUACAGCAGCCCAGUCUUAGUAUUGGACUUUCAAAGUCUAUACCCCAGUGUGAUGAUUGCAUACAACUAUUGCUAUUCGACAUUUCUGGGGCGAAUCAUGAACUGGCGCGGCGCGAGCAAGAUGGGCUUUACAGAGUACAAGCGACAAGAGGGUCUGCUAAACUUGUUAAGAGACCAUAUCAACAUUGCGCCGAACGGAAUGAUGUAUGCCAAGACAGAAGUUCGCAAGUCGCUUCUGGCAAAGAUGUUGACAGAGAUCCUGGAAACCCGCGUCAUGGUCAAAAGCGGCAUGAAGCAAGACAAGGACGACAAGAUGCUUCAGCAGCUGCUGAAUAACAGACAGCUUGCCUUGAAGCUUCUUGCCAACGUAACCUACGGCUACACAUCAGCCUCGUUCUCUGGUCGAAUGCCCUGUGCUGAAAUCGCAGAUAGCAUUGUACAAACCGGCCGCGAGACACUUGAGAGGGCUAUUGCACUCAUCCACUCUGUUGAGCGGUGGAACGCCGAAGUCGUGUACGGCGAUACCGACAGCUUGUUCGUUCACCUCAAAGGCAGAACCAAAGACGAAGCAUUCGACAUUGGCAACGAAAUUGCAGCCGCUGUAACCAAAGCCAAUCCUCGACCAGUCAAGCUCAAAUUUGAAAAAGUCUAUCUCCCCUGCGUGCUGCUCGCGAAGAAGCGAUAUGUCGGCUACAUGUACGAAACCAAGGACCAAGAAACACCGGUAUUCGACGCCAAAGGCAUCGAGACUGUUCGACGAGACGGAACCCCAGCCGAGCAGAAGAUUGAAGAAAAAGCUCUCCGCAUGCUCUUUGAGACGGCAGAUCUCAGCCAGAUCAAGCAGUACUUCCAGUCCCAAUGCGAGAAGAUCAUGAAAGGGUCUGUCUCGGUGCAAGAUUUUUGCUUCGCCAAGGAAGUCCGCUUGGGCAGCUACUCGGACAAAGGACCGCCACCAGCAGGUGCGCUCAUUAGUACCAAGAAGAUGCUUGAAGAUGCGCGCGCAGAGCCGCAAUAUGGCGAGCGUGUCCCGUAUGUCGUGGUGACUGGUGCGCCUGGCGCUCGACUUAUCGAUCGAUGUGUUGCGCCUGAGGAGCUUCUAGCCAACCCACACUGGCAGCUAGACGCCGAGUACUACAUCUCGAAGAACUUGAUUCCGCCGCUAGAACGCAUCUUCAAUCUUGUCGGCGCCAACGUGCGCCAGUGGUACGACGAGAUGCCCAAGAUCCAGCGCGUUCACCAAGUCCUCGCGGCAGGCUCUAAGCGUAGCACGUUAGAGUCGUACAUGAAGUCGACGCAUUGCCCGGUCUGCAGCGUCAAGUUCAGGAACGAGGCUGCUCAUUCCGAUCAUGAGGAUACACCCUUGUGUCCGGAUUGCAGAGCAAACGUCCCAGCGUCCCUGUUGGCUCUGGAGACCAAGGUGCGCAUUGAGGAGAAGAAGUACCAGGAGCUUCUGUCCAUCUGUACAAACUGUACUGGCCAUGCACCGCUGGAUGAGAUUCGGUGUGAUAGCAAAGACUGUCCUGUCUUUUGGUCGAGAAUGCGACAGAAGAAUCGCGUGAUUGGAGAAAGAGCAAGCACACGGCCUGUUAUUCGUGGUUUACUGGCCUCUGCCAAUGCGGCUGAUUUGGAAUGGUAACCGUUGUUGAGUAUGAGAUGUAUGUCUUGCUUUUUAUAUAUAAGUGUACAAUUAUUGUAUUAGAACCUUGGCUAUCGGUUCUAGGCUAGUGUUUACGGGAUUUUGGCCACGCGGCCUGGCGUAUUGGGAUUCAGCUUUUCACAUUGAAUAAUGCACUAAUGAUGAAU